UCAGGCUGUUCGUUUGCUGGGUUGGCAAACCACCCGAGGCGACCCCACCAGUGACUAGCCUAUUUCAUUCCAGCUCUGGUAAAGAGGCCACGGCUCCGCUUUAUUGGGGUUUAUCAGCGUCCGUCUUUAGUUGAGGCCUGGGCCACAGGCUUCACUGACAACGUAUGACCGACUCUUUGGAUUAUAAAUGCUCGUUUACACCGAGCUAGGGUGUCAGCAUUUUCGAAACGAGUUGUUCCGUUGCUUAUCUGUAAUAAUAAUAAAAACUGAUGACGAUAAUUGUGUUGCCAAGUUCUUCGUGGUGGUCAUACAGGCGGUGGAACUGAACCGAGAAAUUGCACAAUGUGGAAAAUGGACAUGUCUCGAAAGUUCGUCAAGUCUGAUCCUGCGUUUGACAUUAUGGCUCCUCCCCUGGCCCGCUCUGCUCCUGGCGAGCUCAACCAUUGGUGGGGCCAGCUGAGGUUCCGUCUGCAGAACAGGAAAGGGUGGAAUCAAAUGCUGGAUGAGACGUUCCUAAUGCAGAACAAGAGGAUAAAUGACAUCCCGCUCUUCUUUGCGGCCAAAGAGAACGACGUCGGCUCAAUAAGGAAACUCCUGAAGUGUCCUUCCACGGACAUCUUUGAAAGAGGAGCACUGGGAGAGACCGCCUUGCAUGUAGCGGCACUGAGCGACAACGUGGAGGCUGCUGUGUGUUUGAUGGAUGGAGCUCCGGAACUCAUCAACGAGCCCAUGAAUUCUGACCUGUACCAGGGAAUGACUGCUCUUCACAUAGCUGUGGUGAACCAGAAUGCAAACCUGGUCCGUGAGUUGAUCAUCAGAGGGGGCGACGUUGCCACGCCCAGGGUCACGGGCCUGUACUUCCGGAAAAGGAGAGGCGGGCUGCUGUAUUACGGUGAGCACAUCCUGUCCUUCGCCAGCUGUAUGGGGAAUGAGGAGAUCGUCUCCAUGGUGAUUGAUGCCGGAGCAAAUAUCAGGGCGCAGGACUAUCUUGGGAACACUGUCCUGCACAUCCUGGUUCUGCAGCCCAAUAAAACCAUCGCGUGUCAGACCCUGGACCUGCUCCUGGCCAGGGACGCAGAGAUGGACCUGGCCGUGCCGCUCGACAUGCUGCCCAACUACCGCGGGCUCACCACCUUCAAACUGGCAGCCAAGGAGGGCAAUGUGGUGGUGUUCCAGCACUUGGUGAACCGUCGGCGGAUAGUGCAGUGGAGUUUGGGGCCUCUAACGUCCAGCCUGUACGACAUGACCGAGAUCGAUUCCUGGGCUGACGACCUCUCUGUGCUGGAGCUCAUCGUGGGCAGCCAAAAGAGAGAGGCUAGACGGCUGCUGGACGUGACUCCAAUCAGGCAGCUGGUCAGUCUCAAGUGGAAUCUCUACGGGAAGCACUAUUUUAGGUUGUUGUUGGCGUUGUACCUGCUAUAUAUCGGAAUGUUCACACUGUGUUGUGUGUACCGCCCCAUGAAGGAUGCCCCAGAGAAUUACACAGUAUCUGAACGCGAUGCAACAAUCCGCGUACAGAAAACUAUGGAGGAAAGCUAUGUGAGCUAUGAGGACCACUUGCGUCUGGUGGGUGAAAUCAUCAGUAUUCUGGGUGCUCUGAUUAUCCUGCUUCUGGAGAUUCCUGAUAUUUUGAGAGUUGGAGCCAAGCGAUAUUUCGGGCAGACGGCCCUUGGGGGUCCCUUCCACGUCAUUCUGAUCAGCUACGCGUGUUUGGUGGUGCUGCUGUGCGUGCUGCGAGUGAGCGGUAUGCCCGGCGAGACGGUUCUGAUGGCGGUCAGCCUGGUCCUGGGCUGGUGCAACGUCAUGUACUUCGCCCGUGGGUUUCAGAUGCUCGGGCCCUAUGUCAUCAUGAUACAGAAGAUUAUAUUCGGAGACCUCACAAAGUUUAUUUGGCUGAGUAUCAUAGUGCUGAUUGGAUUUGCCACUGCUCUGUGGAUGGUGUACAUGACGCAGGACCCCGGAUCUCUUCCCCCCUACCGUUCUUUUCCCAUCACCCUCUUCUCUCAGUUCGAGCUGAGCGUGGGGCUGGUGGACCUGCCCGUGGACCACAACCUGAUCACGCCCCCCAUUGUCCACGUGCUGCACUGCUCUUUCUCCGUGGUCUCCUACAUCCUGCUGCUCAACCUGCUGAUCGCCAUGAUGAGCGACACGCACUGGAGGGUGGCGCAGGAGAGAGACGAGCUCUGGAGAACUCAGGUUGUGGCCACCACCUUAAUGCUGGAAAGAAGAUUACCACGGUACCUGUGGCCUAGACUGGGGGUGUGUGGGCUCCUGUACGGUCUGAGAGAGCGCUGGUACCUCAGAGUAGAGGAUCGCAAUGACCAGUCGGUCCAAAAGAUCCGUCGCUACGUCAACGCUUUUUCCAAGGAUGACGAUCCGGUCCCGGAAGUGGAAGAGACGGAGAAGGGCGACGUUCCUCACAGCCCCCCCACUGACAUCCCGCUCAAAGGCCACGAGGAGAAAGCCAGGGCCAAGCUUAAGCGCAAGUCUCUCAGGGGCUGGGAGGUGAUUCGCAUAAGCACUCUGGGCCUAGAGGCGGAAAAGGAAGCCCAUUCGGACAAACAGGAAGUUGAGUUUGUCUGAGAUUUUUUACCAGAACUAGUCAUACCACUACGAUACGGAUUGGUGGUAGAGCGCCACAAUUUUUUUUUUGGUGAUGUGCAAUAAAUGGAUGCAGUAUUGUGUGAAUUUAUUCAUAAAUAUGCGGGGGAAGAUUUGUAUUAUAAAUGUAUUUUUUUCCAUUUCUGUUGGGUGUCCAAGGGUUGAAAUGUAAAAUGAAUAUGAUGCUACAGUAUGCAGUAAAAACUCAGGAAUCUUAACUCAUCUUUGAGACUAUUCAGAUCAAUUUGUUCUCUCUCACUUUAUUUAUGAAAAAAUGAUUGUAUUAUUAAGCUCAAACUUUUUUUAAAUGUAGUACACAAAUGUAGUACACCAGGUACAUCAGCAAGACAUGUAUAUUAAAGAAAACAAAGCAAAAUGUAUUAAA